GCUCGUUCUCGGCGACGCUGCCGCCGUACCAGCAGUCGGAGGUGAUGCUGUUCAUCAUGAACAAAGUGCCCAUCCCCGACAAUUCCCGCAAUUCCCAACAUUCCCGCAGCGGCCCGGAGCCGGGAGCCGAGCCGGACAGGACGGAGAGCCGGACGCGCCUGACCCAGCUGAUGCUGCUCAAAUCCCUGCUCCAGGUCUCGUCGGGUUUCCAGAGCAGCAGCCUGCUGACGGCGCUGCCCGGCGCGUUCCUGGAGCGCCUGCUGUGCCCGGCGCUGCUGCCGGAGCCGCAGCUGCAAACGUUCGUGCUCGACAUCCUGGGCAGCUUCCUCGACCGGCGCCGCCUGCGCGAGCGCCUGCACCCGGCCAGUUCCAUCACCGACCUGUCGCUGCUGAAGCUGAAGGUGGAGAAAUGUUCCCGCCAGGAUUCCGUCUUCAUGAAAAAGGUGAUCGGGCCCGCGCCGGCGGCGCUCCCGCCUUCCUGCUGCCCGAGGAGGCCCGGGGACAAUGGGGACAACCCCGUUAAGAAUUCCCAAAAAUCCCAGGGAACCCCUGGGAAUGUCCCAAAAACCUGGGAAAUCCCGGAAUUGUGGGAUGGGUUUAACCCCUUGUUCGCCGUUUCCCCGGCAGGCCCGCGGCGCUGUCGCUGCCGUCGCUGCCGAAGCUCCGUGUGGUUCUGCCAGAGCCGCAUCAGCGACGCCCUGGGCGCCAGCGCCGCCUUCAGCGCCGAGCGCCUCGCGCCAAGUUCUGCCCCCAGAGCGGAG